CCUGUUUUUCCUUCCACUGUGCUGCUGUCUUUGAUGCGUUUCUUGGACGAUUUCUGCCGCUCGUGGUAGUGCCCCGCCCCGACCCUUUGAUUCGGAGCAGGCUUUGCCUUUGCUUCGGCUUCUUUCGCCAGAGAUCGCAGCCCGCCUUUUUGCUGCAGUGUUCCCCGGCGCCCCCUUCAAGAAUCGCCCGGAGUUCCGGGUUUCUUUCACCCCGUCCCUCGGCGCGGCACCGCCAAAAAAUUUGUUCUUGGCGCGUGGGAUUGCUGCUGCUAUUUCCGGGGCCGGGAGCGUGAGAUUUUGGGAGAUUUGUUUUGGGGAAUUUCGAGGUUUUCUAGUGCUUGGCUGCAGAAAUUCGGGGUUUGGGUCUGUGUCGCUUUCGAGCCCCUGGUCGAGUCAGGGGCUGCAGUUUGGCUCUGAUUUGAUGAGAAAUGGAGGAAUUCCUGGCCUCUACGGCGUUCUGCUGUAGGAUUUGGCGUAUUGCUCUCUGACCCUCAGCGCGGCUCGCUGGUUUGGUCCGGUGGCUUGUUGAUUUUCUCAGGCGGUGAUGCUCUCUGCAGCCGCCCUGAUGGCGCCAGUCCCAGCCGCUCCCAAGAGCUCCCUCGAGGUCUUGCUCGAGACGAUAAAGAAGCGUGACGAGCAGCCCAAGGACGAGCCGCCGGCAUUGCCAGCCCGGCCCACCUGCCGGGGCCGGUUGCCCAGGGCAAGGCGCUCGCCCACGCCUCCUAGGGUUCAUCUUGAGAAUGGAGUGGCAGAACAAGGUGCUGUGGUGGUGGAGGCCGUGAUGGCUGACAAGAAGCCGGAGGUUGUCAGUGAGAAGAAGCCGGAAGUUCUUAGUGAGAAGAAGCCGGAGAUUGAAAAGGAGAAGACGCCAGAGGUUAAGAAGGAGAUUGCUGUGCAGGAGGCCAAGGAGGGGAAGGCUGUGAAUGGUCGCAUCUUCGGGGCUAAGAGGAAGCUACGUAGUGUGGAACCACUGGAUGAGUCUCCAUAUGUUGAGAAUUUCAGUGAGGCGAGCAAGGAUACAGUGGCCUGCAAUAAGGAGCCCCCCUCUCCUUAUUGUUCCUCAGCAAGGGCAAAGAGAAAUGGGAAGCCUGUGUUUACUGAUUCCAUGGACUAUGUCCUCCAGAAGAAGCUACGUGUUUGGUGUUCUGCUUCAGAUAAAAAGUGGGAACUCGGACAGGUUCAAUCAAUUUCCGGAGAUGAGGUUGAAAUACUCCUGGUUAAUGGUGAAGUUUUGACACUGCCAUCAGACAGACUUUUGCCUGCCAACCCUGAUAUUCUAGAUGGAGUGGAUGAUCUAAUCCAGAUGAGCUACCUUAAUGGACCUUCCGUCCUUUACAAUCUGCAGUUCCGAUACUCUCGUGAUCUUAUCUAUACGAAAGCAGGACCUGUUCUUAUUGCCGUUAACCCACUUAAAGAAGUUCCACUCUAUGGGAAAGAUGUCAUCAGACAAUACAGGCAGAAGCUCAAGAAUGAUCCACAUGUGUAUGCAAUUGCUGAUUUAGCAUUUAACGAAAUGCUAAGAGAUGGCAUAAACCAAUCUAUAAUAAUCAGUGGUGAAAGUGGAGCAGGAAAAACUGAAACAGCUAAAAUUGCUAUGCAGUAUUUGGCUGCUCUAGGGGGCGCUAAUGGUAUGGAGUCUGAGGUUCUACAGACCAAUGUUAUUCUGGAAGCAUUAGGGAAUGCAAAAACAUCAAGAAAUGAUAAUUCGAGCCGAUUCGGUAAGCUUACUGAAAUACACUUUUCUGAAACCGGGAAGAUGUCUGGUGCUAAAAUCCAAACAUUCCUGCUUGAGAAGUCGAGGGUGGUUCGAAGGGCACCAGGAGAGAGAUCAUAUCAUAUUUUCUAUCAGCUGUGUUCUGGAGCUUCUCCUCUUCAUAGAAAAAAAUUGUUUCUGAGAGACGCCGAUUACUACAAUUACUUGAAGCAGAGCGCUUGCUUGAGAAUUGAUGGUGUUGAUGAUGCUAAAAGGUUUUCAUCGUUACUGAGUGCGUUGGAUAUUGUUCAAAUAUCUGGGGAAAACCAAAUGGAAUUAUUUUCUAUGCUUGCAGUUGUCUUGUGGCUGGGAAACAUUUCAUUCUCUGUGAUAGACAACGAAAACCAUGUGGAAGUUGAUUCAAAUGAAGGGUUAUCUAAUGCAGCAAAGCUGUUAGGUUGCAGUGUUCCUCAAUUGGUGAUUGCUCUGUCAACUCGUAAAAUUCAAGCUGGAAAGGAAAAUAUUGUUCAAAGGCUGACGUUGACCCAGGCCAUUGAUGCAAGGGAUGCUCUAGCAAAGUCGAUCUAUGCCCAUCUAUUUGACUGGAUUGUUGAACAAAUUAACCAUUCGCUUGGAACGGGGAGGCAACAUACACGGAGAUCCAUAAGUAUUUUAGAUAUAUAUGGCUUCGAAUCUUUCAGUAAAAAUGGCUUUGAGAAGUUCUGUAUAAAUUAUGCCAACGAAAGGCUGCAACAGCAUUUUAACCGACAUCUAUUCAAACUGGAACAGGAGGAAUACCUGGAUGAUGGAAUUGACUGGGCCAGUGUGGAAUUUGUGGACAACACUGACUGUUUAUCUCUCUUUGAGAAGAAACCUCUGGGGCUAUUGUCUUUGCUGGAUGAAGAGUCUACGUUCCCAAAGGCAACAGAUCUUUCCUUAGCUAACAAGCUUAGGCAGCAGCUGAGUGGAAACUCGGGCUUUAAGAGUGAACAAGAAGGCGCCUUUAAGAUUUGUCAUUAUGCUGGAGAGGUUACAUAUGAUACGACUGGGUUCUUGGAGAAGAAUAGAGAUCCAUUGCACUCAGAGUCAAUUCAACUACUCUCUUCGUGCAAAAGUGAUCUUCCAAAAGAUUUUGCAUCUGUCAUGAUUGCUGACUCUCAGAAUAAAUCAAGUUUUACGCGCCACUUUGUAGUUGAUUCACAAAAACAAAGCGUCGUGAUGAAAUUUAAGGCUCAACUAUUCAAGCUCAUGCAGCAGUUGGAGAAUACAACUCCUCAUUUCAUUCGAUGCAUCCAGCCAAAUAACAAACAACGUCCAAGGCAAUUUGAACAUGAUCUUGUCUUGCACCAGCUUAAGUGCUGUGGGGUGCUCGAAGUUGUGCGGAUAUCAAGGGCAGGCUAUCCAACGCGGAUGACUCACCAACAGUUUGCUGAAAGAUAUGGGUUUCUCCUCUCUCAUUCUAUCGCGUCUCAGAAUCCGCUUAGCAUUUCAGUUGCAGUAUUACAACAAUUCAAUAUACCCCCAGAAAUGUAUCAAGUUGGCUACACAAAGUUGUUUGUUCGUACAGGACAGGUUGCUGCUCUGGAAAAUGCUAAAAACAGGAUGCUCCAUGGAGCCCUUCGGAUUCAGAAGAACUUCCGUGGGUUGCAUACUCGACAAGAAUACCACAAACUGAAGAAAGGAGCAACGACUUUGCAGUCAUUCGUAAGAGGUGAGAAGGCAAGAGUUCGGUUUGAUAAUCUUUUCAAGAGAUGGAGGGCAGCCGUUCUCAUACAGAAGUACACUAGGCGUCGACUUGCAGCUACCAUGCUUACUGGUCAACUAAAAAACAUUGUUCUUCUACAGUCUGUGAUGCGUGGGUGCCUGGCCAGGAGGAAAUUUAAGUGCUUGCAGGAAGAACGGGAAUCAAAGGUCAUUCACAGCAAAGCUAAAAGGGAUGUAAAGAAGACCAUUUCACAAGCAGGGUUAUGCAAUGAAAUGAAUGGAGAGUAUCAUCGCCAACCAGUUGUCACAGAUCUCCAGGGACGUGUUUCAAAAGCUGAGGCUUUAUUGCGAGACAAAGAGGAAGAAAAUGCAAUGCUGAAGCAACAGUUGGAACAGUACGAGAAUAAGUGGUCAGAAUAUGAGGUCAAAAUGAAAUCAAUGGAAGAGGCAUGGAAGAAACAGCUCUCUUCUCUGCAGUUGAGUCUUGUGGCUGCUAAGAAGAGCCUAGUUGCUGAUGACAUGGUCACCCGAGCGGCUCGGGCUGAUACCACUCCAACGCUUGCUCAAUAUGACUCUGAAGAAACAAUGUCCACAGGGACCCAUACCCCGGAGGGGACAGAGUUGAAAUAUCAAAACCACAACCCUGAAGCUAGAGUGGUGUCAGGAAACUCAGAUAGGAGGAUAAAUGCUGUGAAUCACCUAGCAAAAGAGUUUGAGGAUAGGCGGCAGGUGUUUGAUGAUGAUGCAGGCUUCCUUGUUGCUGUUAAGUCUGGACAGAUUGGCUCAAAUAUGAAUCCGGAUGAUGAACUCAGGAAGCUGAGGGACCGCUUUGCUACAUGGAAGAAAGAUUACAAAUCUCGAUUGAAGGAGACGAAGGUAAACCUUCAGAAGGUCAGCAGUCAGGAUGAGAAAUCUCGGAAAAGAUGGUGGGGGAAGAAGAGCUCCAAGUGAAUGCAGAACCUAUGAGGUGAGAUCAUUUGCUCACAUUUGCAUGCCAUUGCACAAGUGGAAGAAAUCAAGAAAUGGCUGGAGAGAAGAUGAUUUCGUGGUUCUUUCUCUCGUAACCACAAGGCCGGUGAGAUGGCGGUGAUGACAAACUCGAUCGUCAACCUGUGCAUCCAAUUUUUUGGGAGUGUCAAAAGGAUUACAUAGGGCGCAGCAAGAGAUAUGUAAAUGUAUAUUAGUUCAGUGUUGUCAGUGUAUGUAUGUAAUCGUUGUAUGUAGAGCGAUGAACCUGAAAUGUGGAAGGGUAAUUAUAUACAGAUUAUCCGCCAAGAGCGAAUAGAGAUGCAACAGCAGGACUGUAAUUCCUGUACAGCAAAGAACUCGUUGGAAUGUGCAAAGCAUUUGAUUCUUUUUUCUUA